UUAGUACACACUGUAAAAAUGAAUGACUUCAUCGUCGCGGGAAAGUACCGCAUAAUCCGUAAGAUUGGCUCGGGCUCGUUCGGGGACAUUUACCUUGGCAUAAACAUCACCAAUGGUGAGGAAGUCGCCCUGAAGGUGGAGAGCAUUUUGGCGCGUCAUCCGCAGCUCACGUACGAGUACAAGCUGUACAAAGUGUUGACGGGUGGCGUUGGCAUCCCGCACAUUCGCUACUUCGGUCAGGAGCGCAGCUACCAUGUGCUGGUGAUGGAUUUACUCGGACCAUCGCUAGAGGAUCUGUUCAACUUUUGCAGUCGCCAUUUCACAAUCAAAACCGUGCUGAUGCUGGUUGACCAGAUGAUCGGUCGUCUUGAGUACUUACACAUGAAGAACUUUAUCCACCGUGACAUAAAACCGGAUAACUUUCUGAUGGGCAUCGGAAGGCACUGCAACAAGCUGUUUCUGAUCGACUUCGGUCUGGCGAAGAAGUACCGCGACUUCCGCUCGCGCAUCCAUAUCACUUACAGAGAGGACAAGAACCUGACCGGUACCGCGCGCUAUGCCUCGAUCAACGCCCAUCUGGGCAUUGAGCAGAGUCGCCGCGAUGACAUGGAAUCCUUGGGUUACGUGAUGAUGUACUUCAAUCGCGGCUCGCUGCCCUGGCAGGGAUUGAAGGCAACCAACAAGAAGCAGAAGUACGAGAAAAUAUCUGAGAAGAAGAUGUCCACACCGAUCGAGGUGCUCUGUAAGGGCUUCCCGGCGGAAUUCUCUAUGUAUCUCAACUACUGCCGCAGUUUGCGCUUCGAGGAAGGACCUGACUAUAUGUAUCUGAGACAACUAUUCAGAAUCUUGUUCCGUACCCUCAAUCACCAGUACGACUACACAUUUGAUUGGACAAUAAUGAAGCAGCGAGCAAUGCAACAGGGCAGCAAUAACCCGCCCGCUGUUACAUCCGGAGAAAACAAACGAGAGGAGCGACGUGAUAAAGAUAAGCUUUCCAGCGAUACGGAUGAAUAGGAGCAGUGAAUUGAACAAGGACUUGCAUCAUUUUAUGUGGAGAAUGUAUAGAACGGCUUGUGGUAUAUUUCUAACGCAAAAGACGUAAAGUGGUGGAUGAUAAAACAGCGUAUAGUAACAGAAAAUUUAGAAUGUACUGGACAAGCUCGUUAGAUAAGAUGUCGCAUACUACAACUAGAAUAAGAAUAAAAAGUUACUUCUCUCGGUACGUAACAUCCUUCGAUAAAAAUGUGAGGUAAUACGAAACAUGAUGGUAGGGAAAUGUAAACGGGACGUUCAUGUGGGCUCUACCGGCUGAAGAUCACGGCGUUAAAGGUUCAGUCGACCAUCUAAGUUGAUCACACUUAGCAGGAAACAACAGGCGUAAAAGUUAGCAGAUUUGCAGUAAUAUCGGAUGGUCGGACAGCAUCGAACAUAGUUUCACGCGCAUUACGAGCAAUAGCGUAUGCAUAGCGGCAUGAGCUAAACUGGUGAAAUUAUUUAUAACUGGAUAGAAUGAGACGCCUCAGACAUUAUACACAGAUCAUCAAUAGCUACCAGCUACGAUCUACAACUACUAAUUUUGGCAUUCAUGAUAGCAGACGGUGAACUGGCUAACGAUGGUUGCAAAAAAAGUCUAUACUGAGAAGAGAUUGAACGGAUCAUUAUCCUCUUCGAAGUAGUCUCGUUCGAAUUUUUUUUUGUUAAUAGAAAUAAGUUCAAAACAGUUGUGCGGCUAUUUUCAUGACGAUACAGAUUGUCAAUAACGUGCGUACAGCACAACGCAAUGAUAUUCAACAAUUCAGAAACCAAAUAACCAACCCAUCAAGUCAUGUUAGGCAACCCACUUUGGGUAAAUUAAUACAUUAUGUAAUCUUUACUCGGACUCCGUAUCGUACUUGAUAGAGAGUUGUACUACAA